UCCUCCUACAACUACAAGUAAAGCACCAAAUACUGAAACUCUGACCACAACAGUUGGUCAGAAAACAACAAUUGCCUCAACCACAACAAUUGCUCCAACUACAACUCCAACCACAUCAAAUAUUCAAACUAUCGUUGAAGUUUCAACCAAAACAAAUCCUCCUUCAACUACAAGUAAAGCACCAACAACUGAAACUCUGCCCACAACCGUUGGUCAAAGAACAACAAUGGCACCAACCCCAAUAAUUGUUCCAAUUGAAACUGCAGCUCCAACUACAUCAAGUUUGAAAACCACAACUGAAACUCCCACAACAACAAUCGGGCAACCAACAACAAUUGCCUCAACCACCACAAUUGCUCCAACUGUAACUGCAGCUUCAACCACAGCAAGUUCUCAAACUAUCGUUGAAGUUUCAACCAAAACAAAUCCUCCUUCAACUACAAGUAAAGCACCAACAACUGAAACUCUGCCCACAACCGUUGGUCAAAGAACAACAAUGGCACCAACCCCAAUAAUUGCUCCAACUGCAACUGCAGCUCCAACCACAGCAAGUAGUCAAACUACAGCUGAAGCUUCAGCCGCCACAAACAUUCUUACAACUACAAGUAAAGCACAAACAACAACUGAAACUCCAAUCACAACAGUUGGUCAGAUAACAACCAUGGAAUCCACAACAAUUGCUCCAUCUGCAACUGCAGCUUCAACCACAGCAAGUAGUCAAACUACGGUUGAAGCUUCAGCCUCCACAAUUCUUCUUACACCUACAAGUAAAGCACAAACUCUUGCAUCUUCAACAACGUCAGCUAUUGUUACAGCAAUUUCUCUACCAGCCACUGCAAGUGUACCUCCCAUUCCAGUAGCACCAACAUUCUCUGCAACAAUAACCCCAACAGCCACUCAAACCACCCCACGUCCCCGAAGAAUAAUCGGCAUAGUUUUUAUCUUUAUCCGACUUGUGUUCAACACCAUCAACCCUGUCCCCACUGAGAGUGAGAUUCGUGCUAUGGUCCAUGCUCUCUUUGUUGCCCAUCUAAGGCCGAUGAAUGCUCCAGUGAGAGUGCAGCGUAGUGUACCACAGCUGAAUGAUCCUGUUGCAGAGCAGGAUAUUACAUAUGAGAAACUGUCCACUCAUUCCUUUGCUCUGGAACUUGCCUAUCGGAUAACCAAUGUAAGCAUGCCAAAGAACACAGGACUCAGGAAUGAGACGUGCAAACUCAUCCAGGACCCUGUCAACAAACUGUUGAACGAAAUGCUGAACGAACGUGGUGCAAAGCCUUUCACCUUUCCGAAUGCAGCUUGCACGACACCCAGCAACACGGAUAACCAGAUGAAGGCUACUGUGGAGUAUGUCUAUCGCGAAGGUGACAUCAAUCAACCAAACCAGUUCUUGACUGCAGUAUUGAAUGCUAGUGGCCUGGCCCCUACCACAACCACCACUGCAGCCCCCACCACCACAAGCAGCGCUGUCCUCAUACUGAUCACAGAAGCUAAAGCCAGGUUCCCGGGAUGGGCCCUGGCCAUCAUAAUCCCCUGUGGUAUUGCCAUCAUCAUCCUCCCCUUCUGGAUUCUCCUGUUUUGUCAGCUGUGUGGUUGCUGUGUGGCCAUCAAGAGACGUUGGCGCAGGAUGCGGGCCUACCACAUACAAGAGUACAGGCCACAUCCCGUCUGAGGGUGCAGUUGGAUGUUCAGUUGGAAUCAGAAAAUGUAUCAUGAUUCAUGUUCUAUUAUAAAUGUUCUAAAACUAAGGAUGAAUAGCAACUGCAUGGCUGGACGAUGUAAGCUAUUACUCUUUAUUUAUAUGUUAUCCGGUAUAUCUGGUAUAAUGUAGCCAAGUGCUAUCUGAACUGCUCAGCUACAUUAUACCCAGGUAUUUAAAAGUAAUUACAAAACGAUUCAAGACCAAUUUUAUAUACAGGUAUGUCCACUCAAUGAGCACUUUAUUAGGUAUUUGUUAGACUAAUUAAGUCUUCUGCUGCUGUAGCCUAUCCACUUAGAGGUUUGACGCGUUGUGUGUUCAGAGAUGCUCUUCUGCAUACCACUGUUGUAAUGUGUGGUUAUUUGUAUUACUGUCACCUUCCUGUCAGCUUUGACUGGUCUGGCCAUUCUCCUCAGACCUCUCUCAUUAACAAGGCGUUUCUGCCUGCAGAACUGGAUGCUUUUUGUUUUUCACACCAUUCUCUGCAAACUCUAGAGACUGUCAUGUGUGAAAAUCCCAGGAGAUCAGCAGAUUCUGAGAUAAUCAAACCAGCAAUCAUUUCACAGUCAGAGUCACUUAGAUCACAUGUAUUCCCCAUUCUGAUGGUUGAUUUGAAUGUUAUCUGAAGCUCCUGACCCGUAUCUGCAUGAUUUUAUGCAUUGCACUGCUGCCACACAAUUGGCUGAUUAGAUAAUCACAUGAAUAAGUAGGUAUACAGGUGUGCUUAAUUAAGUGCUCAGUGAGUGUAUAAUAAUGUUUAUGAUGAAGUAUUAUGUAUUUCAAAGGAAAUGUAGACAUUAAACUGUUUUUAACUUAGUUAGUAAUUUUUAUUUGAAGAAAGAAUACACAGCCAGUGAACUGCACACAUUUCAAAAAAUAAUAAAAUGCUAAUAUUUUAUUAUUCUGUUUGUCUUAUCGUAGUCAUCUGGAACUGCAGAUGGAAACUAGCUAGGAGCUAAAAUCUGGUACAAAGCAUCUCCUCUCAAUAAUUUUGAUGAAUGUUUUUGUACAUUGUCCCUGACAAAUAAACAAACAAAUAAAUAAAUCUGUACUGCUUUCUUAAUCA